AUGGUGUCGAGUCGUGCUUACCAAGAAGGCGCCACAAUCUGCCUGCGAAAGGGGCAAGCGCACACCGCUGCCACGCCGUUCCUCGCCGCCCACAAGGCGGUUGCGUGGGAGCCAUCACUGUGCGGCCAGUUGCUCCAUGGAGGGAGUGCAAGCUCAAGUUGUGCCACGAGAAGAGAUGGACCGAGAUGUUCCUCCAUCCAGGCCGGCCUUCGUGUUUGGAGCCAGGCAUUAUCCGAGCUCUAUCCCCACUGGGCAAGCCUCCUGGCCAGUGCAACCCUUGUUGGGCCGCGAUCAGGGCGGUCGAGUAAAAUUCCCGUGAUCGAUACUUUGUUAGCUCAGCCUUGUCGAGACAUGGCGAUGCCUCGCAAGCUGGGAAUACAUCACGACCUAAGGCUGGAAAAAGGCCUCAUUGCUUGGGGUGAUAUCGUCAAGCUGCCCUUCAGCACAUCGGGUUGGAAUAAUCAUGGAGGGUUUCGCCGACCCGUGGUUCUCACCUUCGGGGAAGCAAGGGGAGAAGGCCGGUCAGCCUUUUGACAUGGUGCUUGGGCCACAUGGAGUCCAAUCCAGCCAGUGAUGAAAAAG